GCGGCAUCUUUCUCGCACCUCUUUGACAUGUCGGCUUCACCGUUUACGCCAGUGUCCGCAUUGUCACUGCACCCGCGCGAGUACGAGGUGAUUGCGCUUCAUGGUCGGGCGACGGUCGACGUGGAGCGCAUAUUCCUCUUUCCUCCAAAUUCACUGGAAUUGCUAGGCCACACGAUGCUCCAAAAAAAUAUGCAGCUUUCGACGUGGGACGAGGUUCCUCUGGACGACGUAGAGAAGCUCCUCGAUUUCGCCACGAAACUCGACGUGGGCCUUACGAAUGCGCGGGCGCGAUGCCACGAGGGUCCCGACUCGUUGCCUGCUUUUAGUUUAACGCCAUACUCUGGCGAGAUGGAUCAUGGUGCAGCGCAUCGGCUGCGCCUGAUGGUGUUGCUCCGUGCUCUAUCCGAAGAGUACGCGAGAAGCAAAGAGGAAAUGUGGCGGCUUGGUGGUUUGAUCGUUGGCUGUCUCAGGGACACGCCGACAUGACGGUCUCUCGCCACUCACGGGCCCUGAAGUUGUGGCUUUUGAUGCUUAACCUUAACAUGUAUGCGUGCUUGAAUAUGGUGUUGUUUGUAGAAUUUCUAUUGCUUUCAUCAUCCACAGCGAUUUUAUCGUGUACUGAAUCAGG